AAACACUGAAUAUUUAAAAAAAAAUAAUUUUUGUUUCGAAUAGGUUUUGAUUAUGUUAAUAGUGAUAAAUGGGAAAUGAUUAUUAGUAAUUAUUGGCCAUUAUUAAAAAAAUUUCAAUUGUAUAGUGAAUUAUGGCAUUUAACAUCAGCAGAUUUUGAUGAACUUUAUCCACAAUUAUUAUUAUUUAAAAAUAAUUCUUUUUGGAUUGAACGUCAGAUAAGAUUUACAACAGAUUUUUAUCAAGAUAAAAAUGAUCUUCAUCUAAUUUUUUAUUCAAAUCCAUAUCCAGAUCAAAAAUUCUCAAAUCAAUGGGGUAAUCCAAUUGAUAUUGUUUUGACUUCAACAAAUAAUACAUAUUCAUCAUUUAUUAAAAAUACAUAUGAAUAUGUUAAUCGUUUACUUUUAACUAUUUAUAGUAAUAAACAAAUGCGAUAUGAAUUAGAUAAAUUUUCACGAUAUUUUCCUAAUAUUGAUACAUUAACAAUACGAUUUGAACAACAUGUAUCAAGUGCUUUAUUUCGAAUAUAUAUUCAAAAAAUAAUUAAUCUUAGUCAUAUUAAACAUUUAGCAUUAAAUGGUAAAUGUCAUACUGUGAUAAUAUUAUAUGAACUUGUCUUACGUCUUCCAAAUAUGACUAAACUAACUAUAACAAGUAAUCAUCGUAUAUUAAUAAAACAAAUAUUUCAACCAAAAAAUCAACAUUUAUUAUUAUUAUUAAGUCAACGACUUCAACAUUUUAGUUUAUUAUAUGAUGGAGUUAUAUCAUAUGAAACAGUACAAGCUAUACGUUUUAAUUUUCCUCGUUUGAAAACAUUUUCAGCUUGUUUACCACAUUUUGAAGAUUUUCGUGAUGCAAUUCCAUCAUUUAUACAUAAUAUGAAAUCACUUCAAUAUCUUCAGAUUGGUCUUGAAGGUGAUAAUGAUAAAAAAAAUUUUACUACACAAGAUAUGUAUGAAUGGUUUCAAAAACAUAAUAUUUUACAUGAAAUUAGAUUACAUAUUGAUACUUAUACUAAUUCAAUACA